CUGAAUUAGAUAGUCAAUCAGCACCCUUGAUGGAAAUCAGCCAAGUCCGGAAAGUCUUUCCAAAGGCUUUGUUGUGGGUGACUGCUUCCUUAGGGUAAAGUGAUUUAGGUCCAUUAUCUUAGUAUUACAGUCAUACUUGUAUAUUAUCUGGUGGAUGCAUUUUAUACACUUAAGUUAGAGGGAAACAACUAAACAAUUUGAAAUGUGUAUUUUCACUUUUAAAAGAAACUUUAACAAAUGUUGGUUGAUAAUUUUGUAAAAUGUAAAUUUUAAAUUAUUUUUGGAGUGGGAUGGUGUGAUGAGUGGACUGAUAAAAGUUGUGAAAUAUCAAAUUAAUUUUGAAAUUGAAUGCCAUUAUUAAAUAUAGAAUUUGUUAAAUUAGAAAUAGCAUUGUCUUUCAAUUUAUAAAUAAUAUAUUGGGGACCACUUAGUAAAAAAUUAAAAGUUGUGAAAUAUCAAAUUAAUUUUGAAAUUGAAUGCCAUUAUUAAAUAUAGAAUUUGUUAAAUUAGAAAUAGCAUUGUCUUUCAAUUUAUAAAUAAUAUAUUGGGGACCACUUAGUAAAAAAAAUGUGUCAAUAAAAUAAUAAAGGCACUGAAAUAGUCAUAUCAGUAUUAAGCUAUUCACCACUUAUUUGAAUAAAAUAAUGCCUUAUUAGGGUAUGCAACCAAUAAGCCUUGAAAGUACCGGUCUAAAAAAAAGGAAUAGAAUUAUAAACUAAGUCAUCCUACUCUCAGAUCUAUAUAAAUAAUUUUUCAUUAAAUAAAUAUUUAAGAGCCUGUAGUUUCCUGAGUUCUCUCCCUUCAUCCACUAAGCUCAGCAUAUUAAUUAAAGACCAUGCUUCUAAUAUGCUUAUAAAAUUUAUAAAGAUUAAUUAUAAUAUUUCAAAAUUAUUUUCAAUCAUUUGAUUUCUUUGCAUGGUUAGCAUGCAUGUACCUAGGUAAAAAACAUUGAAUAUUUGUUGUUCUUUGCAUGAUAUUAUCAAUGCAUGUCUGACUUUUUUAAAUUUCAUGUUUAAAUAAUUGCAAUGGAUUGUGUUUAGAUUUAUUUAUUUCAAGAAAGCUAUUAUAUUCAUUUUAGAAAAAAAUAUUUGGACCUUAGAAAAAUUUACUUGUACAGUAAAUCCCCUUAAUAAGAAGUCUGUUACUUAUGUUUUAAAAUAUUUUAUUAGUUAAUUAUCUUAAAAUAUAUUAGGCGUGACCUAUGUUGUGUCUGAACACUGAAAGUUUCCUCAUUUAAAUAUGAAAUGCCCUAUUGAAAGAAUAAGUGUAACUUAAUUUAACAUACCAAAUAGAUUCUUAUAUAAGUAACAUUUUAAAAAUGCUUUUGAAAAUUUAAAUUAAUUUAACAUUAUUUUUAUACAUUUUAAAUAUAUAUGUUUAUUUUGUAAUUUGAAUUAUCUUCACCACAGCCCUGAUGGCAAGGCUAUUUUCAAGGCAAAAGUUCCAGAUACUAUUACAUCCUGGGUGGCCAGUGCUUUUUCUACCAGUCUGACAUCAGGACUUGGUGUUGCCCCUUUUACAUCGUUGGUAAAAAAAAAUGGAACAAAGCUUUUAAACAUUGAAAUUUCCAAUCCUUCAUUUGCAGUGUCUCAUACAAUUACAUUUCCUUGUUACUACUUUCUGUGUCAAACCAUAAUUUGAAUUAGAAUCUAAGAAUAGAAAUUUAUCAUCAGUAAAGCUACAUCAAUUCUUGUUAAUUUUAAAAAUCUCAUUUCUAUUCUUCUUCUUCUUCUUAUAUUAGAGGGGCCCAUGAUCAAUUUGUUGAUCAUUCUGGCUCCUGGUUUAAAUUCAGAGUUUGCCUUCUCUUAGAUGGGUGGCCGUCCAACGCUUACGAGUCCUAUCCACCCGGGGUGCUGGGAUGUUGCCUUUGGUGGGGAUUGAACUCCAGACCACCAACUAUUUGGUUUGAGACAGUUUAGACCGCUCGGCCACCCAGCACCAUAUUUAUACUAAUACAGUUAUAAAUCUUUAUACUAGUGAAAAGAAUUUUAUUAAAAUGAAGAAAACAAAAACCCAGCUAAUCAUUCCCAUCAGGCUCUGUUGCAGAGAAAACUCCAGUCACAUGUCAUAACUGUAAGACAUCAAACUAGUGCUAAAAAAAUAUAUUUAUUUGGCAUGUUACUGGAGAAGAUUUGACUGGUUUAUAUUACUGCUAUUCAUUACCCCCUAAGACAUAGGAACUUUCUAGGCUGUGGAGUGCUUACUUUAUAUUAUAAAUGUCCAUGCUACUUUCUGACAAUCUUUGUCUCUCCAAUAAUAAGUAGAUAAAAAUAAUGUUAAUAAUUCCUCAAAGUAAAUGGUACAAGAGUAAAUUCCUCAAAGUAAAUGGUACAAGAGUAGAAAUAUUUAAAAUAUUUGUUUAAAUUAAACUUUUAGAUUAUGCAUUAUAUUUCUACAUUGAAUAAUUCAAAAAAAUGAUAUUUUUAUUGUUUUUAGUUCUGCAUUUUAUUUUUUAUUUCUAUCUUUCCAUUGUUAAUUUUUAUGCUGCAUUUGAGUUCUCUUCAUAGUCAAAUAAUAAAUUAUUUCUUAUUCUCAGCUUAAGGUCUUCAUGCCUUUCUUUGUAAGCCUGACUUAUCCCCGUUCUGUUACUCGUCAUGAGCAAUUCGUUGUUCAAGCCACAGUUUUCAAUUACCUACCAUCAGAUCUUGAGGUAAGAAUUCUGGUUUUAAAAUUUGUAAUUAUUGGAUCUAAGCGAUUUAAACUCAAUUGCACUUGACAUUAACAUAAACAUUGAACUAAUAACACUGCAAAACCCGAUCACUAACAUUUAGUUCUUUAAUUCCUUUCAAUAUCUCUGUUGCAAAAUUAAUAAAAAUACAAAAUUGAAUUUUUAAUUUUUUAAAAUUUCACUUUUCUAUUGCAACAAGAGUUGUUUACUUUUGCUUCAAAGUUUAAAGAGUCAGAGUAAGACAUUAUUUUACCAGAUCUUCCCACUUAAAUCAUUACAGUUAGUAAUACAAUUAGACACUUUUAUCACAACUUUUUGACACCUCAAACCCUUUGACACAUGAGGGUGUUUAUAAAUGCCCCCAAAUAAGAUUGAUGAAUAUUUUUUUUUCUUUCUGUUCAUGUGACAAUGAAUUUUAUUUAAAUGUAUAGGCCUUCACAUAAAUACAUCAAUAAUACUUAAAAUGACUCUUCAAUAUAAUUUAUUAUUUGAAAAGAACCAAUUCAAGAAAAUACAAGAGUAGUCAUGCAAAAUAGUACAAUAGUGACACUGUUGUAAAUGUAAUGUGCAGCUAUUACAUGAAAAAAUGUUUACCACUUUCCAGGUGAAGGUCACACUGAAAGGUCAAAUAGAGUUCAAGAGCAUCAUCAUUUAUGAAAAUGGUACAGAAAUUUUAGUCACUGGAAAUCAAGAAACUGCUGUUGCCGUAAGUUAAGUAAAAAACUGAACCUUUUGUUGCCUUCAGGUUGUGAAUGUAUAAAGUUUCUAAAAUAAGUAAAUGAAUUAAGCUAUGAUUCACUCUAAUUUAGAUACUGUACACAAUCAUUUAAAGUAAUAAUCCAUUAAGUUUACAACUUGGAAGGACAGUCAAAAUCCCAAAGAACAGAAAAAUAAAUACCUCCAUCCCAUUUAACUUACCAUAUGGAGCACCUUCCAAUAUUUAUGACUCUGAAUGACACACCAGUAGCAAAAUGCAGCCCUGCACUUGUCUAGAAAGCAGCUGUCAUUGAAACAAUUGAAGGGUUUGCUUAUGGAUGGCUCGGCGAAUCUGUGAUAAAGAAAUAUGUUGUACGGUGCACUUGUCCUACACCGUAUUGGAGGGCCACCAAACAAGGACAUUUCAGAGCCCAGUAGGACCACAGCAUCAAACUCUGAUGUGGAGAUUGAAGUAUCAGGGCACUGGAUAGUGUGUAUAGUAUACUUCAGAAUUGGGAACUUGUACAAUUUGAUGUGGUCAUUUUCUCUGAUUCUAGAUCCCCUCUUGAUGAGACCUUGAAAUCUGGUGGAAACUGAGUCACCAACACCAGAGUCUGGUGACACAAAUAAGGACAGAACACUGUCCUACUUUCUCUUACUUUCAACAAGAUAGGCAAAAAAACAAGGACAUGACCUGACAGCAUGGCCCCAUUAACAGUAGCCACAUGACAUGACCUGACAGCAUGGCCCCAUUAACAGUAGCCACAUGCUGAUUUUGUGCCCAAGCUUGAUGUUGGGGGGAGGGGGGUUAGGGUGGUGGCAUUUUCCUUUGUUCAGAAAAUGUUAAAUGGCACAUCCUGACAGAUGGAACAGGCUGCCAUAGUAUUAGCAAAAAAAUAUUGCUCAGCCAAAAUAAAUGUAGACCAUUCACAUUUAAGAAUACCUAAAGAUACAUUAGAGCACUUUGUAUAUUUAUAGGCCUACCUAAGGGCAAUACCACCAAUGUUUGACUACUAGAUUUAUAUGAACCAGAAAAUUGGAAUAAUGUUCUAAGGCAACUGUCACAGAGUAAAUUACUAUGUCAUAAAAAAGUAAAUUACAAUGUCAUAAAAAAGUAAAUUACAAUGUCAUAAAAAAGUAAAUUACAAUGUCAUAAAAAAGAAAAUUACAAUGUCAUAAAAAAGAAAAUAACAAGGUCAUAGAAAAGAAAAUUAAGGCAACUGUCACAGAGUAAAUUACAAUGUCAUAAAAAAGAAAAUAACAAGGUCAUAGAAAAGAAAAUUAAGAAAAGACAUCAACUCAUAUUUACUCACUAAACGAGACAAUCCUCCAACAAGUAUCCAAUAGUCCAUACCUUGGAAUUCUCUUCUCCAAUAACCUAAAAUUGUCGCCACAUAUAUACAAAAUUUUUUAAAAAGCCAACUCCACCCUAGGUUUCAUCCGAAGAAAUCUGCGCCACUGCCCAACUUCCUGCUAACGGAAUGCCUAUCUCGCACUUGUCCAUCCACUACUGGAAUAUGGUGCGAUCACCUUAAACAAGACGUGAAAACGAUGGAGCGAAUUCAACGAAACGCGGUGCGUUUUAUCACUCGCGACUACAAAUCCAUCACUCCUGGCUUAGUCACUGGCCUCUAAAAAAGAUUUGACAGACGAGAGGGACUCCGCCUGACAUUCUUAUAUAAAGUGAUCAUGGGACUGAUGCCGGCCAUCCCAGCAGGCACGUACCUCACCCCACAGAAGCCGGGUAGACUGAUCAGAGCAAAACGCUCACUGAACACGGACUUCACCACUGACAUUCCCAUAAACAAUUACACUAUAAACAAUAGCAAAUGCUUCAAAGUGCCUUAGUGCAACACAGUGCAGUAGCAACAAUCUUUCUUCCCACGCACAAUAAUAGCAUGGAACAACCUGAACGAUGCCACUGUGAACUCGACAUCAGUCAAAAGCUUCAAGGCUGCCCUGGCAUCAGCUAGGAGCUGUUAGAAUAGCAACAUCAUACCUAAACAGAUGAGUUUUAAGGGACUUUUUGAAAAUGGACGAGGUUUCACAAUGACGGAUAUGGAAGGGGAGCUGGUUCCAGAACGUGGGCCCAUGGAAGCAGAAGGAGCGUUCACCGAUGGUCUUAGUUUUGGUUCUUGGGAUUGAGAGGGUUCUACUGUCAAUGGAAGAACGUAGUUGUCUUGUGGGGAUGUAAGGAAGCAACAGUUCAGAGAGAUAGACAGGAAAGUGAGGGUCAGUGAAAGAGUUGAAGCAAAGAUUGGCCGACUUUUAUUUGAUGCGAGAGGAUAUUGGAAGCCAGUGGAGUUGCCGCAUGUGUGGUUGAAUGUGGUCAUGUUUCUUUGAUUUAAAAAUGAGUCUGCAUGCUGAGUUCUGUGCCUUCUGAAGUUUGUCUAUGUGGUGUUGAGGAAUGCCUGCGAGAAGAGUGUUACAGUAAUCAAAUUUUGAAAGAAUGAGUGAAGAGACAAGAGUUUUUUUGGAAUCAAAGGAGAGGAGGUGUCUAAUGGUGCUGAUUUUUCUAAUUUUGUUAUAUGGUGAUCUGCAUAUAUUCGUGACAUGUUUGUCCAUGGAGAGGGUGUCUGUAAGCGUGACUCCAAGGUUUCUGGCAGAGGGAGAGAGUAUGAUGUCAGAGUUGCCAAUAGAUAUAGAAGAAGGAGUGAAUGGAGGGAGAGGUUUGUUUUGAGAGUGGAUGAGAAGGAUUUCCGUUUUAUCAUCAUUUAGCUUCAGUUGCAAGUCAUCCAACGCUUUACAUCGUCCACGCACUCCUGUAUGCGAAGGAUUGUGGCAUCAAGUUGAUCAGGAAAGCAAGAGUCACUGAUUUGAGUGUCAUCAGCAAAGGAUUGACUGGAAACUGAGUGGUGGCUAAUGAGAGAUGAUAGAGGUUUAGUGUAGAGGAUGAAAAGGACAUUACCAGAAUCAGAACCAGAAUUACAAGGUCAUAGAAAAGAAAAUUUCUAGGUCAUAGUAAAGAACACUACAAGGUUAAAUAAAAUAAAAUUACAAGGUCAUAGAAAAUAAAUUUACAAGAUCAUAGAAAAGAAAAUUCCAGGUCAUUUGAUUUAGUGAAUGAGUUUGAACCUCAAUUGAAAAAAAAUUGAAUUCCCCUCAGGUAAAAUCAGGUGAACAAGGAGUUGCCUAUUUUCCAAUGUUAUCAACUGCAUUAGGUUUUGUAGACUUUGAAGUUUCUGCUCAAUCCACGGUGGCGGCAGAUGGUGUGUACGGACAGAUAAUUGUCAAGGUAGGGCACAGUAGUGACAUAGCUUCUUGUUUUUAGAAAUUUUUAUUUUUCAAUGACUCACAAUUGCAAACUGUAAGCACACCUGCUCUUUAUUGUAUUUAAUAAAGGUAAAAGAUGAGAAGAUAAAAAAGUGGAUGCCACAUAGUACAAUUACCUGCUGAAGAUAUUGUUUACCUCGUUCUUUAUUUUUUUCAUUAGAAUAUAUAUAUAUUUCUUUACUGUUUAUUGCAUUCAAAAUUAUUUAUGAAUGUAUUAAUCUACAGCCUGAAGGUGCUCCAGUCAGCUACAAUGUCCCUGUGUUUGUCAACAUUGACAGCAAUUCUACCCAGAAAUUUGAAAAGAGUUUUACAUUCACCCUUCCCCCCUCUGUUGUUGUCGGCUCAGAAAGAGCCAGAGUGAAAGCCUCUGGUAAAUAUUUAAUGUAUUUUAUUAGGCGGUAUAUAUAUAUAUAUAUAUAUAUAUAAAUUUUUAAAAAGCAUAUAAGUUAGUAGAUGUAAUACAUUUUAUUAGAGCACUUAUUUCUUGAGUAUUUCCUCAGAUUGCUUCCAUUGCUGUAAUUUAUAGAAAUAACUUAAUUCUACAACUUAAAAUGUUAAUGGAAAUAAACUGAGCUGAUUUUCUAAUGUUGUGAUGCAUUUAAAAAGAAAAGCCAAAGUUUGUGGAUGUUUUUAACAUGAAUUUAAUUACUCUAACAUUGCAUACCUUCUUCUUCUCUCUAUAUAUUAAGGGCCCACUAUCCAUGCAUUGAUCAUUCUGGCUCCUAUUUACCUUAUGUAAAAUAUGAUGCUCAUCACAUAUUUUUAAAGUUAAUUAAAAAUUUUUAAAAAUCUUGCCAGUUUGUAAUUAAAGAAUUUUAAAAUGUUUAAACUCAAAACAUCAUAUGAUAUCCACAACAGGUGAUCUAAUUGGUUCAAGCAGCUUGAUGUCAUUCAUCACUCUUCCAACUGGUUGUGGUGAGCAGAGUCUUGCUAGGUUUGCCCCUGACCUUUACAUUGCCCAGUACCUCAAUGCCACAGGUCAACUGACACAUGCUUCGAAAGGACACAUCAUUGAGGUAUUAGAAGCAGGUGAGAUCAAAUCUGUUAUAAAUAGUGCAUGAAAAGUAGAAUAUCAAGAACAAUAAAAGCUUAUAUCUUUAAGGUUUUCACUGUUAUUCUUAAAAAGGCUGUUUGACUUAGUAUAAUUAUGAAAGGUCUUUUUUGAAGCUUAAAUCAGAAUUUAAAUAUUCUUAUAAAUUGUUUAGCCUAAUGACAGGAGGUGGUAAAAACUCAUGCAUUAUUUUAAAAGAACUUACUGCUCUUCACAUCAUCUAUGUUUAAACAAGCAAAUAACAUAACUUGAAAAACUCUUUUUGGCUCUUAUUUGUCCCAUCUACCUGCUGAACAGGUUACCAAAGACAACUCACUUACCGAAGAUUCGAUGGUGGAUUCAGCCCCUUUGGCAACUAUGAUGAAACUGGCAGCACUUGGUAAGUGGUUUCAAAUGGAAUUUAUACUAUUUCACAGAAUAUAGGAUAGGACUUUAUAUACACAAAUGAGGGCAUUAUGGUCAUAAUAGCAGUUGAUCUCAUGGACCCUGUUAAAAAUGUUGGGGUGAUAUAAUAGUAAAUGUUUGGUCUAAAUGGUUUUCAAGCAAUUUUAGAAAACUAACUUAUGAUCUGAGAUAACUCAGUUUAAGGGAUGAUAUGACAAUUAUUUUCAUGUUUUAUUUUGGUAAUCCAGAACUUUUGAUGUAUUUACAGUAAAGAUUAUGAGUAAUUGACAUGAUCUUGUAAUUCAAUUCCUUAUAAAUAAAGUAAAUACAAAAUGGCCUCCAUCAUCAAUUUAUGUAUAUUUUUUAUUUUUAUUUAACAUUGACAUUUUAAUUGUUUUAAAUGUUAAGCAUCUCUUUCCUUUUUAUUUAGUGUUUGUAAAAAAUGUUAGCCUAAAAAUUGUACUAUAUCAAUUAAAUAAUUUCAGGCUGACAGCUUUGACAUUCAGAAUACUCUCUGAAGCCAGUGAAUUCAUCUAUGUUGAUCCCCUAAUACUUUCUACAUCUGUUAUGUGGAUCAUUGAUAGACAAAAUUUGGAGGGUUCUUUCAAUGAAUUUGGCAAAGUCUUGGACAAAAAUACACAGGUAGUCUAUAUAUCAACCUUGGAAACUUUGCUAGAUGUAACAUAAAAUUCUUUACUGAAUAUCAGCCAUUUCAAAUGCUUUUCACUUAAUAAUUUAAAAUAUGUUUCUUAGUAUCAUUCACCUUUAAUUUUUAAAUUAUUAUUUAAGUAAGAGGACAAAACAUUCUUUUUACCUCAAGUAGUCUUUUAAAUAAACCAUUAUUAGUUCUACUCAGCAUACAUAUUUUAUCCUGCAGGGAACAGGCACAGGACCUGCCUUGACGGCCUUUGUUUUGUUGAGUCUGUUGGAUGCUGAGAACUAUGUGGAGAAGGAGGUGAUUAUCUUAUUUGUGUCCUAUUUCAAGUUUUUAACAUUUCUUGAUCAUUAAAAAAAUUAAAGAUGCUUCAAAACCCUUGUUUAGCAAAGUUUAAAAAAAUUAAUUAAUACCAAGUAUAACAUAAUAUUACAAUAUCUCUAACAUUUAAAUGGACCAUAUUUUAUUCUAAUUCUCUUGUUAUUGAAAACAUGUUUCAUUGCAUUACAAGGCAUGUCUGAAGGAGGGAGGUUUCAGAUGUAACUACUAUGAACGUUGGGGAAAUGCCACUGAAAAAGCAAGGACUAAUCUGGAAAAUUUGGUGGCCAGUAAUGCUAUUGGGGAUCAGUUUCCUCUGGCCUUAGUCAGCUAUGCACUAAGCAAGGCAAAAAGUCCUGCAUCCAACACGGCUUUAGAGAAACUUCUUACAUUUUCCCAAAGUGGAGGUAGGAAGAAUAUUGUUGAAGGUUUAAGCCUAGUCCAUAAAAUUAAAACUAUGAUUUCUUUCAAUAAUAAGUUUAUAUCAAAGAAUGUGUAAUGAACUAUAAAAAAAAAAUAAAGUAAAUAUAUGUUAGGUAAAUGAAAUUAAAUGCACUUACAUUUCUAUAAUUACAAGAUCACAUAAGUAUUUAAGUACCAAACCUUCAUCGGAAUUAUUAUGAAAUGGAAUAUAAGUAAAAUUAAUAUCUUUCAUAGGCUUUUGUAGGCUAUAUUAAUUUUACUUUGUAUGCUUUUAUCAUUAUUAAACUGAACUGCAGUUUUUAAUGCUAUUUAUUAUCUAAAAGAAACAUUUAUAUCAAUGCAUGUUUAAUGAUUAAAUUGCCCUUUUAUCCACAGGUGGCCUUCUACACUGGGAGGCAAACAGCACAACUUUUGAACCUAUGCAAUCCCACUACUUCAAAUGGCGUCCACCCCGAAUCCAGGCUAGACCCAUUGACAUUUUGAUUACAUCAUAUGCUAUUUUAACAUAUACUCAAUUGGGUCGCAUUGACGAGGCCCUUCCAGCUGUCAGGUGGCUGACUACACAGAGAAAUGCUCAAGGUGGUUUCUCAUCUUCUCAGGUGAGCCUUGUAUAUAUGAAACUUAAUGAAGGAAUUUUUAUAUCCCUAAGACAGUGCAUUAUAUAAUUAUUAAAAAAAAACACACACACCUAUAAGCAAUCAAUAUUUUUAUUUAUCUAAAAAUGUCAGGUUGAUACCAUUGUCACAGGUUUUAUUUGGUAUUCUCACCUAAAUAGGACACAGUUGUAGGACUUCAAGCUCUCUCAGCCUUUGCUGCCAAAUCAUUGCUACCAGAAACUGAUCUUCAAAUUGUUGUAACUGCUCCGACCCCCUUGUCUACCUUUUAUGUAACAAGAGAAAAUGCUUUGUAUUUGCAAAUAACAGAGGUAUUUAUUUAAUAAUAAUAAAAGUUUUCCCCUUGUAAGAAAGUGUAUAUAUUAUAAAUUAGUAAAAUUUAUUUGAAAAAAACCCAUUGAUAUAAUGUAUGGCAAUCAUUAUGUUUUACCCUGAAUGAAAAUAUAAUUUAAAAAUGCAGAUAAAAAGAUAGAAAGAAAGAGAAUUUUUAGCAUUUUUGACUUCUCUUCACUGGUACCAAAUAUUCCUUUUGAAACACUAACAUGUUUAAGUUAUCUGAGUAUUAAAUUAUCAGCUGCAUCUUAACCUAAUAACUGUAAAAUAAACUUUUGUGUAUUGUUUUAAACACAUACCAUUAUUAAAUUAUUGUUAGAAUAUUAGAUUGGAUAAAUUAUAUUAUUUGGAUAGCUGCAGUCUCUUAUUUAUAUGGAAAACUAACUAACACACUUAGUCUGAUUUUCAUGGGUUUUGUUUGAUGACUUAAUAUCUUAGAAAUAGCUGUUAAUAAUUGUUAAAGCUGUCAAUGUUGGUCAUAAGCUGUGAUUUCAUUUUCAGCUUCCAAUACAGUGUUAAACUUAUCAAUUUUUUAUCAUAAGCUGUGAUGUCUUAUGUAUCUACCAAUUCCAUAUCUACAUUUAUUUAUUAAUUUUAAUAAAAAUGCCAGGCUUGUCGACAAUUAUUAUCAUUUAUGUUUUUCUUGCUUAUAACAGCUCUCAGGUGCCCCACAAGAGAUAUCAAUCAGUGCGUCAGGAACUGGAUUUGCUCUUGUUGAUGUAAGUCUCCAUAAUUUAAUAAGCUUAGAUUGUGUUGUAAAUUAGCUAGAAAAACACUAUUCAAACUUUAUAACAUGAUGUAGCACAGUGGUUCUCAACUCAUGGAUCGCAAACCCAUAAGGAGUUGUCUGCUUAUAUGACAGGAGUUGAUUGAAAACUUCAGAAAAGUGAUGUUUUAAUUUAAUGAUGUGCAUUUUUUUUCAUCAAUUUUACAACAAUUCGUUUUGAAAUUUAAAUAUUAUUUAUGUUGCGGUGAUCAGACUAAGUACAUAUUGUCACUAGACCAUGAUAAAAACAAAGUUAAUAAAAACUUUUAUUAAUAUGGUGGACAUAAGCAUCUAAAUUAAUUGAAAACUUAGAAUAUUUCUGUUCAUUUUUAUAAAUUACUAGCCAAUAUACCCGGCUUUACUGGGGAUUGCAUUUGGACCCCAAUCCUGGUAAGACCCCAAUCCUAUUCUGACCCUGAUCCUCGCACAAUCACUUUUCCUGGUGUGAUCCCGUUCAUGGUGGGAUCCCGUUUUCUUGUGGCUCUAUAUCCAGGGGGAAUCCAGAUCCCAAUGGGAUGCCGAUGCUGUCGGUGUCUUGAUCUUAAUGGGAUCUCAAACUCCAUGGAUCCUGGUGGGCUACCAAUCCCUUUAGGAUACCGUUCUCUGUGGGAUCCCAUUCCACUUAGGUACUCUCUUUUCCAAUUUUAUCCCUUUUUGGGAUAGGAUCCCAAUCCCGGUUUGAUCGUGUUACCCGAUGGAAUCCCUUUCCUGAUAGGAUCACGUAAACAAUGGGUUCCAGUUUACUGUUGGAUCUCAUUCGCCAUUAGAACCCUGUUCCUCUAUUGGAUCAUGCCCAGUGCGAUUUUGUUCGAAUAAUCUUUUGGAUCCCAUUAUAUAUCCCUGUAGAACAAUAUAGAACCUACUAGAACUUUCUAGAUUAAAAUAAAUAUCCUCCAUGAAACGUGAAAAAAAUUACUUUUCUACAUAAUUAUUUCUCAAAAGCGAAAUAUUUAAUUAUAAACUAAAUUGUACUACUAAAACUGUAAUUCAUUUAAAUUGAAAUAAACAGUGGGGGCCCAUUUAAUAAAGUACCUUUUUAGUUAUGUCUCAGAUGGGGGGGGGGGGGGUUUAAAAAAAAUAUUUCAGAUAAUAUAUAGGGUUGAAAUUUAAAAAUUUUUCCCAUUAAAAUCGCUUUCAAAUUAAAUAAAUAUAGAUUUUUUAAAUAUUAUAUAUAUAAUUAUGGGAAGGGGUAGGGGGGGUUUAAAAAAAAUAAUUCAGAUAAUAUAUAGAGUUGAAAUUUAAAAAUUUUUCCCAUUAAAAUCGCUUUCAAAUGCCAUAGAUAUAGCUUUUUUAAAUAAUCGAACUUUCUAGAAAAUUCUUGAUCAGCCCUGCAUGGAUUGGAUAUUAUUAGUUUUAAAUCACCUAUAUUCCAAUACGGACUAAGAAGGGUAUUGCUACAAAGUUAGGCUUAUAUACAUCAAUUCACAUAGAGCCUAUAGCGUUGUCUAAGCCUAUUGACAUUUAUAUAGCUUAUAAAAUGAAAAAUGAAAUGGGGCCCUUGGCCCCAGCGGAAUGGAUAUUAUGAAUUCAGUACCCUUUGGUAUUUGAAUAUGGUCAAGAUCCAUUCGUUCGUGUAGGAGCAUUUAUUGGUAGUUUUAUUUAUAUAGCUCAUGUAAGAAUAAAAAAGAGAAUUAGGGCCCCAAACGGAAUGUUAUAAAAAGUUCAUAACCCCUUAAGAGUUCCUUCAAGACAAUGAUAAAUAUAUGUGCCAAGUUUGGUUAAGAUCCAUCAAUCCAUGUAAAAGCCUUUGUUGAACAAACAAAUCCACAAACCCACAAAUUUUCACUUUUAUAUAAUAUAUAAUCAUAUAAUAUAAUAAUAUAUUAUAUUAUAAUAUAAUCAUAUUAUAUAUAUGAUAUUUUAUACAAUUUUGAAGUUUUUUUUUGUUUUGCUUUUACUUUCCCUUUUGCUGUUUCUGCCUAAACUUUACAGUUGGUUGUCUUUGUUAACAUUUUGUAAAUUUUGAUUGUUCCUUUCAAGCUACAAUAAACAUUUAAAAGUAAACCAUUCAUUCUUUUAAAAUUUAGACUUUAAUCAUGAAAAAAAAAAUUCCAGAUAAGUAUAGAAGCUAUGAAUGAAACAUUAUUGAUGCUUAAUUAACUGUCAUUUCACACACAACCCCCACUGUUCCUGUUUGCUUCCCAACACCAAUUUCUCAAUGUCUAAUAAUUACCCUGGUUGUUGGUUGCACAAUUUGGAAAAUGUUACCAAGGGAUACCAUCACUAAAAGUUUGAGAACCACUUAUGUAGCAUUUGUACAUAGCUUGUACCUAAUAUGUUUCUUUAAAUCAUAAUUUGAGAUGAUAAUGAUACAAAUUAUUUAUAUUGAGCUGUUGUUCUCCACUACAUAAACAGAGAUUCUCAAACCUUGAAUUGUACAUAUUACCAACCCAUUUACUAAUCUCUUACUGACAAAAUGAUACAAACAAAACAAAAAAAAUAUUAAAACAAUUAGAUGUUAUUAAAAUACUGUGAACUGCAGUCAUAAGGAGAGACAUUUUUUUAAAAAAAAAAACACUUUUUUUGUAUGUCUUUGUGGCAUCACUAUAUGAUGUUGAUAUGAUAUGUAUGGGCUAUGUUCAAAUUUUUUUAAAAUAGAGUAGCUUGCUCAUGGUUGCCGCCUACUUUUAUUACUUUGGGUUGGUUCUAAAAUCAUGUUUGUUGUUUCUUAACUCGAUUCCAGUAAGUUAAAUAGGGUUAAUUAAAACAGACCCAAAAAUGAAAUUUAAAAAAGUUAAAUUUAUAAUUUUACUCUCAAUUAUUUCUUUCCUCUCAAUUCACGGUAACGUCAUCCGAUCCAUGUUUACUCAGACAAACCAUGACAACAACAAAUGAUAUGAAAGCGGAAAUGAUAUUCACCAACCCAAUUCAAUUUACUAUUUUCUCUCCAACAAUAAAAAGUUUUUUCGUUAUUGAAUGUACCUAAUGGACCUUCAAUAUAAAAACUUUCAUCUUUGCUAAAAGUUAAAAAAAAAAUAAUAAAAAAGCAGAGUUCUUUAAAAGUUGUUUAUUGUUUAAGGUUAUUGUUGUAGGUUGAUUACCGUUUCAAUGUAGCAUCUGAAGUUACCACACCUUCCUUCGAUGUCAGCACAGUUCUGUUGGAUGAUGGCAUUAAUUCUUUCAAUUUGAUGAUUUGUACAAAGUAAGCAAUUCAUUUUGGGAGUUACAAGGCACUUUUUUAACAUAAAAUAUAAAUAAUACUUAAUUUGUUUAACAGACAUCACAAAAAUUUUUCCAUAACAACUUGAAAACUGAAAAGUAAUUGUGCUAAAGUACAUGAUGUUUAACAAAAACUCCCAAAGAACAAAUUGCCCUCUGCUCUUGUGUGGCGUAAGCAAGAGAGGAAACAAUUAUACAAAUUUUAAUAUAAAUGACUACACAUUCAAUGGUAAGUGCAUGCAAAAUCAAAGUUGAGUUAAUAUGUUACAACCCUAAAUUUUAUUUAAAAAAUUAAAAUAAAAAAGUGUGACCUAUACUCAUAUAUAGAGUAUUCACUUUUUCCAUUUCAUUUUUUUUAGUAUUGCCCAAAUGUUUUUUUCCUGUAUAGUAGCAUGCUGGAUCUUCUAAUUUUAUGAAUGACAUUGUUUCCUACUAUUUAUUAGACACCAGUAAGUUACUGUUGUCACCAAGAAAUUCUUUAACAAUCUUUACUAUUUGAAUUAAGUUUUAUUACCAUAACAUGAAUGUUACACCGUAAGUAUAAUUUAAAUUGUAAGACCUUAUUUAUUAAAAAGAAAUAACCAAUUUUGGUUAAAAUCUUUUAGAGCUCAUCUUUAUUUUGAGGUUAAAAUAGAAUUAUUUGUCACUAUCAGAUGGUUGUUGAAAAAAGAAACAGGUAUGGUUGUACAGGAGAUCAGCAUUCCCUCUGGAUUCCAACCAGAUCUCUCUACACUUGGUAAUGUGGCUGGUUUGAAGAGGUCUGAGAGGAAGGGAGGAGUCGUAGCCAUAUAUUUUGAUAAGGUUUGUUUUUAUAUGUUUUUUCCAUAUAAUUUUUACCAUUGAUGCUUAUUAUGUUUUGUGAAGAUUAUAUCAUCCAUAAUAUUAUUUUUUUGUAAGUAAUAUAAGCAACAACAAAAAUAACACAACCUUUACAUAAUUUAAAAUAAAAUAUAAAACCUACAUUUAAAAAAAAAAAAAGAAUAAUUUUUUGUGUGCCUUAAAUUAGAACAUAAAAGAAGUAAAUUCACAUUAUAAAUUUAAAAUUAGGGUCAAAAUCUAUUUCACAAAUGAUUUUCUCUAGAAAUCAGUCAAAUGAAAAAAAAUAAUUUAAAAUGUCUCUUUCAUUUGUUAAAACAAAUAGAUCGGCAGUUCAUCAUUAUGCUACAGUUUGAGAAUGGUUCGUGAAUCCAAAGUGGCCAAGUCACAAAGCUCUUAUGUCAAAACAUUUUCAUACUAUUCCCCAGGUAAAUCUUAACAUUGUGUCAUUAUAGCCUACAUAUCAGCGUUUUUUUUCAAAUAUGAUGAUAACUUUCAUUAGAUUACAAUACAAAACUUUGCUAGUAUGUUUGCAUCACAGUUGUUCAGUGUUAUUUCAAUCAGUAAAUAACAGCCUGUUAAGCUCAAGUAGACAUUUUGCUGUUUAUAUUUACAAACUACUUUAUUAAAUGGAACAAUAUGUGCUUAGUCUUGAGAAGAAAGACAGGAUUUAUAAUAUAGAAGGUUUUUGGCUAGAUGCCUUUUUCAAAAGACAAUACAAAACAAGAAAAAUAUACUUAAAGUUAAAAUAGAAAUAAAACUUAUGUUUUUGAAAAUCUCAAUAAUGUCAACGUAGCUCAAUGUUUAGAACAGGAAGCGAAACUUUGAGCUAUAUUGAAAUUGCUGAGAUAAUCUAUUAAAUCAUUUCAUGUUGCUCAAAUCACAUUUGUAGCAAAGAAAUAGUUAUAAAUGUUAGACGUUAAUAUUUAAAGAAUUACUUUUGAUCACUUAAAUUUUCUUCUACAUCAAUUUUUGAUCCAAAUUAUUAAUUUAGGAGACUCUUAAAGGAAUUUUAAGUUAAGUCAAAAGCUUAUAUUUAGUGAUGGAAUGAUUUAAACUAUUUUCUGCAGCAUAAUUAUAUGUCUACUAUUACUAUUCUUUUAAAAUAGAUGACCAGAGCACUGUCUUCUACCUACCAAAAGCACUACGAGAUUCAAACAUCUGUGAUGUAUGCGUUGGGUGUUGCCCAUGGCUUCUGCAAUGAUAUAUUUAUUGCUCCAGGAAUCAAACAAUUCUAAUUAAACAAUGUCAUUCUAUUUGGAGACUUUGAAAAAAAAAAAGAUUCUUUAAUUAAACAAACUGAU